AUGGCUGAAACAAUUUCAGCUGUCAUUCAGAUAGCUGUGGCAUCUUGUAAGGCGGUCGAGAAGACUAUCCAGUUCAUCAGGGAAGUGUGCGUCGUCGAAAAGUCGGUCAAAAGGCUUGUGGAGACGCUGCAUCGUCUUCAAGAGACCAUCACACUCGUGACUGAAACCUGUGAAGGAGCCGGAGGAAAUGCGACGAACCGGGCGCUUACUUUCAUUCGCGCAACACUCGCUACUUGCAAUCAACUACAAGAAGAAGUGGUCAACCUAACAAAGAAACUUGCUGUACAUGGAUCAGACACGCUCCUCCAAAAGUUUACAUUGAAAGUCCGGUCAGACUGGUCUAGGCCAGAUAUCGAGACAAUUAUUGGAGAUAUCAAACUACUUAUGGACAUGUUCAACACUGGUAUUAGCUGCUGGGCACUGUACGAGCAGGGGAGUUCGCUCCGCGUACACGAAGAGAUGCAACGCAUCACGCAAGACGAGCGAGUCGAUACGAUCUUAAGUCCAUCUAUCUCGAAUGACACAACUAUUUGCGAAACAGUUGCACGUUGUCCAACAGGAAUUUCAGCCUCUAUAACCCCUCCAGCAGCGAACCCUGCGCAGGAAAACAUCGAGUUGCAAACAGAAACAUGUGUUGGGUGUAAUCAUGUGGACGAACCAACGCGAUUUCACUACGAAGUGGCGAAAUGUAUGUGCCGAGAAGAGCAAAUCGUUAGGAUCAGGGACACACUACGCGAACAUCCGGAGAGUUCGACACUAUCAAGAUCUGUUGACGACACGGGCCGGACUCCCUUACAUUUGGCGGCCGAGAACGACGACGUAGGCCUGGCACGUGUUCUGGUCAAUCACUCCGCCGACAUUGACGCUGAAGAUUGCGAGCAUGCUUCUGUACUGGAUUUUGCUGUUGCGAACAACCACGAGAACUCCGUCAAUUAUCUCUUCGACGAAGGCGUUGACCAGGAGAAGGUUUCUGCGAAAAACCAACCGAGGUUCGAAGAAUUGAAACAGAUGAUAGAGCUCCGCAAGACUCACGAUUCGAAGUAGACAAAGACGAUUGGGAGAACUCAGAGCUUGACAGCGCGACGCAAAGAAAUGCAAGCCUGCACUAGCAGCAUACGUCGAGAAGCCAGGCCCAAAGGAGACCAAGUGCUGACAGUAGGUGGUAUGUAAAGUCCGAAGUCAGUCAGCCUCGC